AUGCGCUCUUCAAUCCUUUACCUCGCCCUGGCCGGCCUCGCCAGCAUCGCGCAAGCCAACCCAAUCAUCAAACCAGACGCCCAAGUCGACCCAAAAGGCCUCAUCACCCGCAGCCUCUCCCACCUCCUCUUCUCCCGCUCCGAACCAACACGCUCCGAGCCGCCCCCAACAAGGAGACAAGCAACGCCGCCUCCGCCUCUAACAAGCAACCCGGCCGCCGCCCCGCCCGGCGGCGGCGGCGCAGUCAACAACGCCAACCGCACCGUCACCCUGACCGUGAUCCAAGGCGACACCCUCGGCCAGAUCGCGCGCCUCCUCAACUCGGGCAUUUGCAACAUCGCUAAGCUCAACAACAUCCCCAACCCGGAUUUUAUCGAGAUCGGACAGGUCCUGCAGGUGCCCAUCAACGUCGCCAACCCGGACAACGACUCGUGCCUCAACCGCGGCGGCGCGAUUCCGGCCCCGGGACAGAACGCUACUGCUCCCGGUACGCCGCCUCCGGCCGGUGGCAAGGGGAAGGGGAAAGGAAAGAAGGUUAAGCGGAGUGGGACCCUGUUUUCUGAAAAGAGCCCCCGGGCGCCUUUGCGCUAA